AUGAAUUACAGUGUAUUUCUUUUAUUUUUCAUCCAACUUGUAAUAAAAUAUAGUAAUGCAAUAGUCAAUGAGUCCACAGUAUGCAUAAAUGGAGAUUUAGUUCAAAUGAGUAACCAUUUUGAAUGUCGGUGCAAUGAAGGAUUUGUUUUAACAUAUGAAAGUAUUUGUGAAAAAAAAGGACAAUGCGAAAAAAUUGAACAUUUAAAUAAUUUCUGUGAUCACUAUGCUACAUGCACAAAUAUCUUAUCAGCAUCAGACCCAAAGAAAUUAGCAUGUACCUGCAACAGAGGCUAUAUACCAGUAAAUGAUCAAUGUAUUCCAAGUAUAUGUGAUAAGGUUGUAUGUGGACAAGGAAAAUGUAUAGUUGACCCCUAUAAUGCAAAUAUUACAAAAUGUGCUUGUCAUGUAGGCAUAGUACAUGAUGAAAAUAAAAAGUGUGAAAAACCCGGAAAAACCAAAUGUACACUGAAAUGUAAAGAAGAUAAAGAAUGCAAAUUACAAGGAACAUUUUAUGAAUGUGCUAAGAUAGAUGAUGGAGGAGCAGGUAGUGGAGGUGAAGGUGACGGAGGUGAGGGCAGCGGUGGUGAAGGUAGUGGUGAAAAUGGAAGUACAGGCUACAGUGUAAUGAAUGAAAUGUCCAUGUUCAGCCUUUUAGUUAUACUUGCAGUCUAUAUGAUGGCAGCAUUAUAG